GAUCGUUUAAUCGAUAACUGGGAGCGGGAAAGGCGUUGGUCGAUAAUGAUGAAAACUGAAUUAAUUGGCGCGCCGAGAUUUCAAUUGUUUAAACAUUGUUCAUAUUGCUAGCAUCAAAAAAUUCAACAAAUUGAAGAAGAAAGCAUUGCGAACAUGGACUUGGCCAUUAUUGAGGCCAGGCUCAAAGAGCUGGAUGCGACCAGGGCGCUCCUCCUGGCCAUGAAGGCGGCCCAGCAGCCGAAUCCCACCGAACACAAGGGUGAAGCCGGUGUUGUGGGAGAAAAGGCAGUUGAAAAGGUUCAAGCGGCUGGUGGAGGCGGGAGUCUCAAAAGAAAGCAUCGGGCCGGAAGAGAUAAGGAUGCGAGGAGAAAUAAGUACAAAUGGUCAGAAUCUAUGUCAGCACGUAAAGCUGCUAGCAAAGGAGGGAAAAAAAGCGGCAAUGACGAGAGGAAAAAUGAAAAAGAGGAGAAGGAAAAGUGGAAGAAGAGCAGAGGGCAAGGAAAGAAGAGCGGCUACCGUAACAACAAAAAAUGGUGACCGAAGAAUGUUGCGAGUGCAGCUGAUGGGCCUCAGCCCAUCACCUACACAAAUUGUAUUUUCGGUGCCCAGGGGCUGCCAGCGCAUUAAAAGCGCUUUUUAUCAAUAUUAUUAUUAUUGUUAUGACAAAAAUACCUAUUAAUAAUUAUUUUUGAACAAAGAACGACGAUUUUUAUUUUUCUGGCCAAUUAGGAUAUACUGCGAGAAAUCCAAGUAUUAUUUUGAAGAGCAGAACCAAGCCUAAUCCAAAGCUAGUCUACAA